AUGGAAAAAACCGAUCCCAAGGUCUCCGAUUCCGACGAUGCUCGUUCUCCUUCAGAGAAUGAGAAACACGUCGAAAGCGGUGUUCCCGUUGAUGUCAUCGCCGUGCCAGAUCCAGAUGAAGGUCUGAGUGAAGAAGAGCGAAAGCGUAUUGACCGCAAACUGCUCUGGAAACUCGACAUCCAGCUAAUCCCAUGGCUUUGCUUACUCUACCUGAUUUCCUUCUUGGAUCGAACCAAUAUUGGAAACGCCAAGAUCGAUGGGCUUCAAGAAGACUUGGACCUGACCAACAACGAAUACAAUGAUACCUUGACCAUCUUCUUCAUCUCGUAUUCGCUGUUCGAGCCUUUGACACAGAUUUUGUUGAAACGAUUCCGGCCCUCUAUUUUCCUCCCUACUAUCAUGGUUCUAUGGGGUAUCUGUAUGACCACAAUGGGUCUCGUUCACAACUUUUCCGGUCUCAUGGCAGCGCGAUGGUUCCUCGGGUUAACUGAAGCUGGCCUUUUCCCUGGCGUCAAUUACUACCUAUCCUGUUGGUACAAGCGCUCUGAGUUCGGUAUUCGAGCGGCCAUCUUCUUCUCGGCGGCAGCCCUCGCUGGUUCAUUUGGCGGCUUGUUAGCUGCAGCUAUUGUCCAGAUGGAUGGCGUCGGAGGCAAGCCGGGCUGGGCAUGGAUCUUUAUCCUUGAAGGUCUUGCAACGAUCAUCGUUGCUGGACUGUCAUAUUUCAUGGCAAGUUUCAUGGCCGCCGAGCAUGAAGAAUUCAAGAUGCAGUAUUUCUGGGCUGCGACCAAAGACUGGAAGACCUGGACUGGUGCCCUUAUAUACAUGGGCUGUGACGGCGCGCUCUAUGCAUUUUCUCUCUUUUUGCCCACAAUUAUUCAGCAAAUGGGUUACAAGAGUAUACACGCGCAAUUGCUUAGCGUGCCACCUUAUGCUGUGGCCGCGGUGGUUACGAUUACUGUUGGGUUUGUUGCGGAUCGGACCGGGAAGAGAGGCUACUGCAAUAUGGUCAUGUCCUUGUUCGGCAUAGUAGGUUUCGCCAUGCUUCUGGGCUCGGGAGUACCGCACGUUCAAUACGCGGGCACUUUCUUGGGCGCUAUGGGAAUAUACCCGUGCAUUCCGAAUACGAUCACUUGGACGGCGAACAACGUCGAAGGGGUAUACAAACGAGGAAUUGCCUUGGGAUUCGUAAUUGGAUGGGGUAACCUGAACGGAAUUAUGUCUAGCAACGUCUACCGUGCAGAAGACAAGCCACGAUUCAAGCCAGGCCACGCCGUGGUUCUCGUCUACGAAGCUCUCUUUCUUCUAGGUGGCAGCAUCCUUCAGCAUAUCCUAUUGAGAAGAGAGAAUGCCAAGCGCAGGGCGGGCGAAAGGAAUGUGUGGAUACAGGGCAAGAACGAGGAGGAUAUUGAUAAGUUAGGGGACAUGAGGCCAGAUUUCAUCUACACUCUUUAA